GCCGGAAGUGUACGCUGAGGAAUGUAGGUGUUGGAAAGUGGAAGAGAAUCGCCGUGCUGGAGUUUAAAAGUGUUUUAUUUCCCCUCAGAUAUCUGCGCUCAGGAUGAUUAACAUCUGCGGCAGAAUGUGAUCGUCGAAGGAGAGUCACCAUGCUGAUUAAAUACAUGAGACAGCGCAGUGUCGGCCGGGCGAAGGUGGCCCAUGCAGUGGUGGUGAUCUUCAUGGAGUUUUUCGCCUGGGGUCUCCUGACCACCCCGAUGCUCACCGUCCUGCAUGACACGUUUCCCCAGCACACGUUCCUCAUGAACGGCCUCAUUCAGGGUGUAAAGGGUUUGCUGUCCUUCAUGAGCGCUCCUCUCGUCGGUGCCUUGUCUGAUGUUUGGGGCAGAAAGAGCUUCCUGCUGCUCACAGUGUUUUUCACCUGCGCCCCCAUCCCACUAAUGAGGAUCAGCCCGUGGUGGUUUUUCGCACUGAUGUCAGUCUCUGGACUCUUCUCUGUGACGUUUUCUGUGAUAUUUGCGUAUGUGGCUGAUAUUACAGAAGAGCAUGAAAGAAGCACAGCGUAUGGACUGGUGUCUGCGACGUUUGCGGCGAGUCUGGUGACGAGUCCAGCGAUCGGAGCGUUUCUGUCCAUCCACUAUGGAGACAGUCUGGUGGUUCUCUUGGCCACCAUCAUCGCAGUGCUGGAUAUUCUGUUCGUCCUGCUGGUGGUUCCCGAAUCUCUGCCCGAUAAAAUGAGACUCUCAUCAUGGGGUUUUCCCAUCUCCUGGGAGCAGGCUGAUCCCUUCGCUUCUCUGAGGAAGGUGGGGAAAGACUCCACAGUGCUGCUGAUCUGUGUCACAGUGUUGCUGUCGUAUCUCCCAGAGGCCGGACAGUACUCCAGCUUUUUCCUCUAUCUAGGACAGGUCAUUAAUUUCUCAUCAGCAGCGAUUGCAGGCUUUAUUGCGAUGGUGGGAAUCCUGUCUAUCGGAGCGCAGACUCUUCUUUUAAGCGUUCUGAUGAAGAAGAUUGGUAAUAAAAGCACAGUUCUGCUGGGUUUGGGCUUUCAGCUGUUCCAGCUGGCCUGGUACGGCUUCGGCUCUGAGCCAUGGAUGAUGUGGGCCGCCGGAGCCGUCGCUGCCCUGUCCAGCAUUACAUUCCCUGCAAUCAGUGCCCUGGUGUCCCGCUGUACCGACCGUGACCAGCAGGGAGCCGUUCAGGGGAUCAUCACUGGGAUUCGGGGUCUGUGUAAUGGACUCGGCCCCUUUCUCUUUGGAUUCAUAUUCUUCCUCUUUAACGUGGAGCUGAAUGACAUAAGUACCGUUCAGUCGAAUUCCGCGGUCACACCCGACACUAAACAGAAGUCUGUCGUUCCGGGUCCGCCGUUUGUGUUCGGUGCGUGUACGGUUGUGUUGGCGCUGCUGGUGGCCGUGUUCAUCCCUUCACAACCCGCUCCACUCGUGAAGACCUGCAGCAGCAGCAGCACGUGCGUAGUGACGGAGCCCAUGAGCAGCAUCCUGGCUGGCGGGUCACUUCCUGCCAGCGACGAGGACAUCGAACCACUUCUGCAGGACAGCAGCUUAUAGACACGCUGAGGAGGAGGAGGAGGGUUCGAGUCUAAAAUACUGCUUUUACUGAAUGUCUGUCGAUUUUGGUGACACUUUACUGUACGGUCUUGUUAACAUUAGUUAAAGGGCUCGUUCACACAGAAAUGAAGAUUUACUCAAACUGAAGUGCUUCUAUAUUGCAGAAUAGGCUUUUUUUUUUACUUCGUUUUCUUAAGACUGAAGAAGAUAUUUUGAAAACCCCUUGACUCCCAUAGUUUAUAUUUUGUAUGAGUUAAUGCUGGUUUGCGACAUUAACCUUUCCAACAUUCUUCAAAAUAUCUUCUUUUGUGUUCAACAGAGCUUUUCUUACUUUAGGUUUUUCACUUGUUUCUAGUUUAAAUAUUUAAACGUUCUCAAAUGAAGAAUCAUUUCUGGACUAGCAGACUAUGUUGUUUUGCCUUCAGAAAUAAUGAGUCAAAAUGACGUGAGUUUCUCUUUAAAACACGCACAAUAAUCUGCUCUAGAGUAAGUAAAAUGUACUUAUUUCAAUGCAAAAACAAGAUUAUUUUACUCAGAAACAAGCACAAUAUUCUGCCAGUGAUGCGAGUAAAAUAAUCUUGUUUUUGCUUUGAAAUAAGUUUAUUUUACUCGAUGCAUUGGCAGAUUAUUUUAAUUGCUUUAAGGAAAAUCCUCUUAAUUUUAACUUAUUAUUUCUGAACACAACUUUUUUGCUUGUAUACUCUAAAAAAUGCUUCUUGAUUUAAGAAAUGUUAGAUAUUUGAACUUGUAAGAAAGCAUUGAAGCAUUGAAAAGUAAGAAAGCAUUUUUUGCAUUGUAAAGCUUUGAGUUCUGUUGAACACAAAAAAGAAGAUAUUUUGAAGAAUGUUGGAAAUCAGCACCCAUUGACUCCCAUAGUAUAUUUUUUGUAUGAGUUAAUGCUUGUUCACAACAUUAAACUUUCCAACAUUCUAUAAAACAUCUUCUUUUGUGUUCAACAGAGCUCAAAUCUUUUCUUACGUUGUGUUUUUGCUUUGUUUCUUCUAUAAGUAUCUGAGUUCUUAUAUCAGCAAGCAUUUUCUGGACAAGCAGUCAAUGUAGUUUUGGCUUCAGAAAUGAGUCAAAAUGAAGUGAGUUUUUUUUUAUUAAAACAAGCACAAUAAUCUGCCAGUGAUGUGAGUAAAAUAAAUGUUUUUG